GAUAAUACUAUUAAUUUGAUGAAUAAAGUGGAGGAGGAAUAAUAAUUAUGGAUAAAGCUGGAGAAAAGUAAUCAGAGAAAAAACCCAAAGAGAAACGAAUAAAAUAUUCAAAGUGAUGAAAUAGAUGGUGACAUAGAAGUACGAGAAUCCUUAUCCAUGAAAAUUGAUCCCACCCUGACCCUGAAACUGCCUCCUGCCCAUCUACCUCUUCAUCAGGACUCAACCCGACCGCCCAUAAUAUCUAGCCUUCUCUCCUUCUGAGCUCUCUUUCUGGAUUAUAUAUAUGUAAAGAGUGUGGCAUUUUGUCCAGAACAUAUUAUUAUCCUUCUGAUCUGAUUUCAGUUUGAUCUUUAGUCCAUUAAACCAGAAUUUGUAGUUUUAUAACAAAAAGGAAAAGAAAAGGAAGUAAAAAUAUGUUGGCUAUAUUUCACAAGGCUUUUGCUCAUCCACCAGAUGAGCUUCACAGCCCUGCAUCCCAAAACUCUGAUAAGAAACCAAAGCUUCCAGAGGAAACCCUUGAAGAGUUUCUCUCUGCCCAUCCCAAAAAUGCUUUCUCUUUGAGCUUUGGGAAUGCUGCUGUCCUUGCUUAUUACAAGCAGGAGAAUUCUUCCUUACUCCAUAGUAACAAGAGGAGGAUUUUCUGUGGGUAUGAUGAUAUAUAUUGCCUGUUUGCUGGGAGCUUGAACAACUUGUGUGCACAAAUCAGGCAGUAUGGACUGUCGAAAUGCAGCAAUGAAGCCCUGGUUGUGAUUGAAGCUUACAGGACGCUUAGAGACAGGGGACCUUAUCCAGCUGACCAGGUUGUCAAGGAUCUUGAUGGCAGCUUUGCUUUUGUUGUCUAUGAUAGCAAGACUGGAACUGUAUUUGCUGCCCUGGGAUCUGACGGUGGGGUGAAGCUGUACUGGGGAUUUGCUGCAGAUGGGUCUGUGGUGAUUUCAGAUGAUUUAGACAUCAUCAAAGCUGGCUGUGCCAAAUCAUUUGCACCCUUUCCAACUGGAUGCAUGUUUCACAGUGAAGGAGGGCUGAUGAGCUUUGAGCACCCAAUGCACAAAAUGAGGGCAAUGCCAAGGGUAGACAGCGAAGGUGCAAUGUGUGGAGCUAAUUUCAAGGUGGAUCUUUACUCCAGAGUUAACAGCAUUCCUCGUGUUGGCAGUCAGACCAAUUGGGUUGAUUGGAAUACUCAACACUCUUAAAUUAAAGAGAGGAACUGGUGCAGAAUUCUGAUUAGGCUGCUGCCCAAUUGUGUGUGUGUUUUUCUUGUGUCUUUGUUGGCGGGGAAUUUGGGAGUGCCUUUUUCCUCCCGUUAGGCAAGUCGACACUUGUAAAGUCUAGCUCGAGUUGCAAGUUGUUUGAUGCUUGAAAAUAGUUUAUGCUUUAAUUGUAACCCCUGGUUAAGUUUCGACAAAGGAAUAAAACUUUCGUUCUCGAA